AUGGCAGCGGGUAAAGGCCCUGGAGCCGCCAGGGGCCUCCUGCAACGUCUGGAUGCUGGCGAGGUUGUUGUGGGAGAUGGCAGCUUUCUGAUCACACUGGAGAAGCGGAGCUUUGUGAAGGUUGGGUGCUGGACGCCAGAGGCUGUGGUGGAGCACCCCAACGCAGUGCGUCAGCUCCACAUGGAGUUCCUGAGGGCGGGCUCCAACGUCAUGCAGACCUUCACCUUCUCAGCCAGUGAGGACAUCAUGGAGAGCAAGUGGGAAGCUGUCAACGAGGCUGCUUGUGACCUGGCCCAGGAUGUGGCCAACCAGGGUGAUGCCCUGGUGGCCGGGAGCAUCUGCCAGACAUCCCUGUACACACGGCACAGGGACGAGACCAAGAUCAAAAAGCUAUUCCGGUCACAGAUAGAGGUGUUUGUCAGGAAGAACGUGGACUUCCUGAUUGCGGAGUACUUCGAGCAUGUUGAAGAGGCUGUGUGGGCUGUGCACGUCCUGAGGGAAUCGGGGAAGCCCGUGGCGGUCAGCCUGUGCAUCGGGCCUGCAGGGGACUUGCACGGUGUGACCCCCGGCGAGUGCGCUGUGCGGCUGGUAGAGGCAGGGGCAGACGUCGUGGGCGUGAACUGCCGCUUUGGUCCCUCGACCAGCCUGGAAACCUUGGCACUCAUGAAGGAGGGCCUGAGGGCCAAGGGGCUGAAGGCCCACCUCAUGGUACAGGCCCUGGCCUUCCACACCCCCGACUGUGGCAAGGGGGGCUUCCUGGACCUGCCUGAAUACCCCUUUGCCCUGGAGCCCCGCGUGGCCACCCGCUGGGACAUUCAGAAGUAUGCCAGGGAGGCCUACAACCUGGGCGUCCGCUACAUCGGCGGCUGCUGCGGGUUCGAGCCCUACCACAUCAGGGCCAUCGCGGAGGAGCUGGCCCCGGAGAGGGGGUUCUUGCCCCCGGCGUCAGAGAAGCACGGCAGCUGGGGCAGCGGCCUGGACAUGCACACCAAACCCUGGAUCAGGGCCAGGGCUCGGCGAGAGUACUGGGAGAGCCUGCAGCCAGCCUCGGGCAGGCCCUUCUGUCCAGCGCUGUCCAAGCCAGAUGUCUAG